CUCUGACCAGCCUGCAGCAGAUCCAGCUCCCAGGUCAACAUGAAGGCUCUCCUCACCCUGGGGUUCCUCUUGCUUUCUGUCACUGUCCAGGCCAAGGUCUAUGAGCGCUGUGAGUUUGCCAGAACUCUGAAAAGAAGUGGAAUGGAUGGCUACAGGGGAAUCAGCCUGGCAAACUGGGUGUGUUUGGCUCAGCAUGAGAGUAAUUACAACACACAAGCUAUAAAUUACAACCGUAGAGACCAAAGCACCGACUAUGGGAUAUUUCAGAUCAAUAGCCGAUACUGGUGUAAUGAUGGCAAAACCCCAGGAGCAGUGAAUGCCUGUGGGAUACCCUGCAGUGCCUUGCUCCAGGAUGACAUCACUCAAGCCAUACAAUGUGCAAAGAGGGUUGUGAGGGACCCACAAGGCAUUAGAGCAUGGGUGGCAUGGAAAUCCCACUGUCAAAACCGAGAUCUCACCCAGUAUCUUCGGAACUGCGGAGUCUAAUGCUGUUUGCUUCCCCUUCAGCUCAUUCUGUGUCUGUAUCGCUAUAGGAGUAGUUACAGGAAAGCUCACACUUCCCUGGAUUCCCCUUCAGACAAGCAGGCCUUAAACAGAAACAGAAGCACAAUGGAACUGUUUCCUGAGAGGCUUCAUGCUGACCAAUGUCUUCAUGCUGGGGACAGUGGUUAGCACUUAGGCCAUUGCACACAUCUCUAUACAUCAGUUCUUCACCUAUGAAGUAAGUCACAUUAAAUUCCAUCAGAAUUAAUCUGCAUCUUCCCCGUGUUGGAUAGACAUACAACAAAUGCUUACAGGACUCUGAGUAGAUCUUGGGUAAAAUGGCAGCUGUGUGAGCUCCCAGGCCUUGUGUGUGGGCUCAACACCCAGAAAGUUAGAACAAGCACUUUGUGGUGUGAGGUGGGUUUGUAAGGGGACAGAACUCUGAGUGGAUAGGACUGAGACUCCUCAACUUAGAAACUUGUCAUGACAUGUGUGACCGUUCAAGCGUAUGUUGUUAGAGUUGUCCUAUUUGUAUGGCUUAAAAAGUAAAUUAUCACCUCAUGUCAAAGUGUGUCUUAACCCUUGAUAUAAUGUCCCCACGCCUCUAGCUAAUCAUGAGGCACUCAGGACAGAUUAGUGACUGUGCUGGCAAUUAACUUUCUUAAAGUAGCUUCAUGCAUAUAAACUGACUCUGAGACAGAGGAGCUUGCAUCAGCAAAACUAAGCA